CGAAUACAGUCACAAAGGGGCACAGGAGCAAACCGUAGAUGUUUUCACCACAUCUUUAAUUGAAUGGAAUGCGAAUACUCCACUGUGGUAGCCCAGUGCUCGCCUUGAAUAUAGAUAAUGGGCUGUGUGCAAUGUAAGGACAAAGAGGCAACCAAACUCACGGACGACAGAGAAACUAGUGUCUCACAGCAUGCAGGAUAUCGAUAUGGGGCUGAUCCGACACCUCAGCAUUACCCUAGCUUUGGAGUCACCACAAUACCCAACUACAACAACUUCCAUGCGCCUGUCAGUCAAGGAGUGACUGUGUUUGGUGGAGUGAACUCUUCUUCACACUCAGGAACGUUACGAUCCCGGGGUGGAACAGGAGUAACACUCUUUGUAGCACUUUAUGAUUAUGAGGCAAGGUCAGAGGAUGACCUCAGCUUCAGGAAAGGGGAAAAGUUCCAGAUUCUUAAUAGCACGGAAGGAGACUGGUGGGAGGCCCGCUCUCUCACUACAGGUGGAACAGGAUACAUACCCAGUAAUUAUGUGGCUCCAGUGGACUCCAUACAGGCAGAAGAUUGGUAUUUUGGAAAACUAGGCCGUAAAGAUGCAGAAAGGCAACUGUUGUCGAAUGGAAAUCCCAGAGGCACAUUCCUUAUAAGGGAGAGUGAGACCACAAAAGGAGCGUAUUCCUUGUCCAUACAGGAUUGGGAUGAAACUAAGGGUGAUCACGUGAAGCAUUACAAGAUACGCAAGUUAGACAAUGGAGGAUAUUACAUCACCACUAGAGCUCAAUUUGAAACUCUGCAGCAACUUGUGCAUCAUUAUUCUGCCCGGGCUGCAGGACUCUGUUGCCGAUUAAUAGUCCCGUGCCAUAAAGGCAUGCCCCGCCUCGCCGACCUGUCCGUCAAAACCAAAGAUGUAUGGGAGAUCCCACGGGAGUCACUUCAGCUCAUCAAACGAUUGGGGAAUGGACAGUUCGGAGAGGUCUGGAUGGGCACUUGGAAUGGCAAUACUAAAGUGGCAGUGAAGACCUUGAAACCAGGCACAAUGUCCCCAGAGUCGUUCCUGGAGGAGGCUCAGAUAAUGAAGAAACUGAGGCAUGACAAGCUAGUGCAGCUGUAUGCAGUCGUCUCUGAAGAACCCAUCUACAUUGUGACAGAAUAUAUGAGCAAAGGAAGUCUGCUGGAUUUCUUGAAGGAUGGUGAAGGACGUGGGCUUAAAUUGCCAAAUUUAGUUGACAUGGCCGCUCAGGUUGCUGCAGGCAUGGCUUACAUUGAAAGGAUGAACUACAUCCACAGAGAUCUCCGGUCUGCCAAUAUACUUGUUGGUGAUAGCUUAGUGUGCAAGAUUGCAGAUUUUGGACUGGCCAGACUAAUAGAGGACAAUGAAUACACAGCACGACAAGGUGCCAAGUUCCCAAUCAAGUGGACGGCUCCAGAGGCAGCACUCUAUGGAAGGUUUACUAUCAAGUCAGAUGUGUGGUCGUUUGGAAUACUACUCACAGAGCUGGUCACCAAAGGACGCGUACCCUAUCCAGGCAUGAACAACCGGGAAGUCUUGGAGCAAGUAGAGCGUGGUUACAGGAUGCCCUGCCCCCAGGACUGUCCCAGCUCCCUGCAUGAGCUCAUGCUCCAAUGCUGGAAAAGGGACCCCGAGGAGCGGCCCACCUUUGAGUAUCUGCAAGCCUUCCUGGAGGAUUACUUCACUGCCACUGAACCACAGUACCAACCCGGGGACAACCUCUAAACGCAUUGCUCCAGAGUACAGAGAGUGCCACAAAAGACUGCCCUUCAAAAGACUGAUCGAAAGAGCGUUUGAUAAGAAAAGCUUCCAGGUUUUGUGCCAUCUCAAUGACCCAAUAUCUGACACAAUCCAUCUUCCAUCGAACAAAGGACAUGCAAUCGCAUUAUAUCUGUCAGUAAAGCCAAAAAUAGUGUUCUGUGGAGAGACAUCAGUCAUGAAUAAUGAUAAGAAUGGCUUGUUUGUAUGUAGUGUAAAUAGUGUGUUUAGUUUUCCCUUGUAUUUGGCUUGUUUUAUUACUUUUUAUAAUGCUGUUUUGCGUUCUUAUCCAGGCCGAGAAAGAAUCGACGCUGUGAGGAAAGCUUGAACAACAGAGGCGGCAUCAAACAUUUUAAAAUUUACAAUGAUUCUGGAAAUCAUUCUUAGACGCUUCCAGUGGGGUGUUGAAC